CUGCUUAUACUGUGCAGAGUUGAGUAUAUAAAUCCAUUUCUCUUCAGACCAAAGCACAGUCAAACUUUAGACAGCAAGCAAACUAUUCAAAACACAUCUAACAACUAUCUAACAUGUCCCGGCUAACUUUGCUAAUCAUUUUGGGCCUAGCCUGGGCACAGGCAGUGCCACUGGUGUCCUACGAUGACAUCGACGACACCGAGAUCAUCGAGUUGCCAGGGAAUGGCAUUGAACUGCCGCCAGCGCCAAAUAAGGAUAUUAUUGAUCUGAGUGCCUAUGCCGAAGCUAUAUAUGGCAGCCCAGAUGAGGAGAUAACUGCCGCCCUGGUGGGCAACUACAGCGCCGACAACAACAAUGUGAAUCCCGAAGAGCUGGGCAGCUACCUUGAGGGCGAUAUCCUUGUGCCGCGACAGAUCACCAUCAAGAAUGGCCUGACCACACAAAGUUCGCGCUGGCCAAAAGGUGUGGUGCCCUACGAGAUACGUGGCAACUUCAAUGCCCGCGACAUGGCCACCAUUCAAGGUGCCAUCGCUGAGUACCACAAGCGCACCUGCAUCCGAUUUGUGCCACGCAGCAGUGAGUCGGAUUACAUUUCCAUUGUGAGCGGCAAUUCGGGCUGUUGGUCGUCGGUGGGACGUGUUGGUGGCAAGCAGGAGGUGAAUCUGCAAUCGCCGGGCUGCCUCGGCAAACCCGGCACUGCCAUCCAUGAGCUGAUGCACGCCCUUGGCUUUCUGCAUGAACAGAAUCGCAUGGAACGCGAUCAGUUUGUGGCCAUCCAAUACAGGAAUAUUCAAUCGUCAGCCGUGACCAAUUUCGAGAAGGCCGCCAGAACUGAUGCUUUUGGUGUACCCUAUGACUAUGGCAGCGUUAUGCACUAUUCUGCCAACGCCUUCUCCACCAACGGACAACCGACCAUUGUGGCGACGCAAUCGGGUGGUGCAUCGCAGAUGGGUCAACGCAAUGGAUUCUCUAAAUUCGAUGUGGAUAAGCUGAACGGCAUGUACGACUGCGGCUAUAUGGGUGGUUCAGCUGGUGGUGCAGCAGGUGCUCCAGUGCCAGCUCCUGUGGUUCCCGGUGGCAAUCCCAUCGUUGACAGUUUCCUCAGUGGCCUCAUCAGCGGCCUGGGUCUGGGUGAUGGAGAGCAAGAAUCUAGUAACUAGACUGCACUUACCCAAAGAAGCUAUUAUAUGGCACAUUCCACAUCAUGCGAUCACAAUUCCGACCACAUAUUUAAUGCAUCAC